UAUGAGAUUCCUCCGGCGGCGCGCUGCCGCCAUGACACCUAGACUGAAAUAUUUUGUGCUCCUUUUUACCCUGAGCCUUUUCCUCUUAGCUCUUAUUUACAUCCCGACCUUCAUCUACAUAACAUUAAUCGUGAUAGUUACAUAUUACGUGGCACGCGCGGCGCCGCUUCCCGCCAGUUUGGGCCUCAAUCUUCAGGCUGGACUUCGCAUCGGGGCCGCUUUCAGGCACUGGCUUCGCGGCCAACGAGUGACAGACGUGUCGGUGCCUGCGAGGAGCAGAGCCAGGAGUCGAGGCGUUCAUCCCGAGCUCCAGCCAGAAGGGCUCCUGCGACAAAGACUAGUCGACCCUGGAGCGAGUUACAGGGAAGCGUCGCCGAGCAAAUCGCUGCUUUUCAGCCCGAGGGAUUUCCUCAUGGGGAGUUACAUCGGGAAGGCUGAGAGCCCCACUGCGGACGCGGGGAGGCCGAGAGUGGUUCGGAACCCCCGGGAACAACUGAGAGAACGGCUGGCCAGACCGAACCAUGCUGUUGUUACGCCGAACCGGAGACUGUCGUUUGCGGGGGAAACGCCGGGCGCCAUGGGAAGGUUUACAAUCGCACCGCAGCGACACUACCCAGUUCAGCAGUCGGGGACCCCGGCAGUGGGGGUGCUUCCUCCUGUCAAGUGGGACAACUUCAAGAAGAAGUGUGUCCUCAGCCCUCGGAACUCACAAAGUCCUCGUGGUCACAUCUCUGUGAGGAUUGCCAGGCCCGAGCAAAAAAUUCCCAGUUUCGAGCAGCUGAGUAGCCCUGGCUUCCCCGGAACAGCGGUCGAUCCUUGCUCCAGAGAAAGUGUUCUCAAGGUGCUGAAGGAAAGUCGCAAGCGUCAGGUGGAGGUGGACGACGAGGGUGAAGAUAGAAGUUUCAUGGCUGAGCAGAAACGCAAAAGAACGCGAAAUGAGAGUGGCGGGAGUGCGCAGUCUGCUUUCGAGCCGCGCCUGCCCAAUGGAACGCCGUCUCAGCUGGUGCCCAAACCAGGAAGCCUGAAAAGAGGAGCGACUCUCGGGGCUGAGGAGUCCAUCACAAAAAGGUCUCGCACGUCCUCCAUCAGCUCGGUCAGUGGAGUCCAUGGCCGCAGAGCGUCCGCCAGCACCACAAGGAACGCCAUUUUCAGCUCCUACAGCUCCUCCAAAGGCUUCUUCCAGAAACCAUCAGCACCAAGUUCACCGAUGUCAACCCCCGGAUCGUCCCGCUGUCAAACACCAGAGGGAGUGGCCAAAAGACCUAGAGAGGACAACUUUCCUUCUCCGAGUUUGUCAUCGACUGUCAGGGCAGAGAAGACAACCUCAGAAAGGCCUGCUGCCACCUCUAAAGUGACUCCACCUCCUAAAAUCCCCAUCACCACGACGCCGGACUCAACUGGCAGUGGUGGAAAGCGAAAGCGCAAGAUCCAGCUUGUUUCCGUCAACAGAGACGACCCCAUCUACAUGCCCCCACCUCCGGAAGUGGGCUUCAAAGUCACAGCAAAAGACCUGGAUGAUGAGAAGAAAGCUGCCUUCAGCAAGAUCCAGAAGAUUCUGGAGGAGGCUGUCCCGGAGCCAGAGAAGUCGGUCGCCUCGUCCGGGGCAGCAGCCACCUCCUCCAUCACGGCGCCAUCAGCCACUCCGACACUCAGCAGCCUUUUGGCUGCUCCUCUCCCCACAGCCACCAAGGCUGCCAUCCCAGUCAUUAAUGUGGACCCCAGUCCGAGCAACAGCGGCGCCACUGCGCCCGUGGCCCCCAAUCCUCUUCUGGAGGCUCUGAAAAUGAAGAGCAGCACUUCCUCCACCUCCACCUCUGCUGCCAUUACCACCACAGUUUCCUCAGUCAACCCCCCCAUCAGCACAAACCCCCCGGUCUCUUCGGCUGCUCCGCAGCUCUCCACAGCCUCCCAGUCCUCAGCCUUCACCCAAGUGCUGGCCCAGUUCUCCAAGCCUCCCAGCAGCUCCGCGAACACAGAAGGGCCGAGUCUGCUCGGCCUGAGCAGCAGUGCCACCUCCGCACCUGCCGCCGCUCCGGCCAGCAGCUCCGGCUCGGUCGGCAACACCCUGCCGACCUCCGGGUUCAAGCCCAUUUUCUCUGUGGCGACCACCUCCAGUGCAUCCACACCUGAGAACAAAACUAUCCAAAGCAUCAAGCCGAUUUUUCCCAGUUCUACCCCCGGAGCAGGCUUCAGCUCACCGGCAUCCAUGGCCUCCAGUAACCCCCCAACUGCAGUGUCUUCAAGUAGCACUUCGAUAUUUGGUUCAGCAACAAGCAACAGCACAAGUGGGCCGUCAUUGUUUCCUUCCAUGACCCCCGCCACCACUGCUCCCACCAACAACCCUGCCACCACCACAGAUGCAGCACCAGCCAAGUCCCUCUUUGGAUGCUUUGGUGCUGCGACAACCACCAGCUCUGUCUUACCACAGGCGCCCACUGGAGGGAGCUCUUUUCAGUUUGGAGCCGCUAACCCUGUCACCACCUCAAGCAAUAGCACGUUCUCUUUCGGGGCCUCACAACCACAGCAGCCAAAAUUGGAAGCUCCGGCCUCCACCGCGCUCAAGUUCGGGGCGUCUGGAAAUGCUGCUGCUGCCACUGCUACCGUCACGACAACGUCCAGCAAUACCACCUUCUCUUUUGGUGUCAUACCGCAACCCAAGGCUGAAGCUCCCUCGGCAGGAAGCACGUUCCAGUUCGGAGGGUCCACUGCUGCUCCUGCCGCCACCUCCUCCACCACCACUAACAACACCUUCACGUUCGGAGCCUCUCAGCCACCGAAGGCUGACGCCGCCGCCGCUGGGAGCACGUUUCAGUUUGGAGCUGUCGCGGCUCCUGCUGCCACCACAGCGGCGCCCAGCAAUAGCACCUUCAGUUUUGGGGGAAAACAGCCAGAGCAGCCGGCGGCUCCGGCUCAGAAUGCCUUUGCUUUCGGGCAGACAGCCCCUAGUCAGAACAGCAACACCUCUUCCUUUGGUGGCUUUGGGAUGUCGGGCACCGCGGCCACCUCUGCACCGCCCACCACAGCCACCAACAGCAACAGCACCUUCACAUUUGGGGCGACGAAGGCGGAGCCGUCGCAAGCGUCCACUCAGAACGUCUUCGGUUUCGGCCAGAGUUUAACCAACACGACCACGGCGUCGUUUGGAGCUUUCGCGAUGUCCAACGCUGCUGCCGCCACCACCACCACCACCGCUGCCACUCCAGCAAACACUCAGACACCUUUCGCCUUUGGGAAGUCGUCUUUCGAGGCGCCCGCUGCUCAGUCCUCCUUCAACUCAGUCGCUGCAGCACCUCAGCCAUUCGCCUUCGGAGCAUCGGCCGCACCCGCCAACAACACGGCCCCGACCCCUUUCAAUUUCGGAGCACCUGCUGCCUCCACGGCGCCGACCUUUGGCACCCCGGCCAAGCCGGCGUUCGGCAGCGGAUCCAAUGUUUUUGCAUUCGGCAGCAACGCGGCUCCCUCGACGGCCCCCGGCUUCGCCGCAGCACCGGCACAGACUCAGAGCUCCUCCUCAGGCACCUUCACGUUCGGCGCCGCUGCUCCUCCACAGCCGCCCGCCGCUCAGCAACCUUCUACUGGGUUCAACUUUGGCGCCAGCCUGCCAGUCUCGCAGUUCGGCUCUCCUGUGGUUAAUAACGCGGCGCCCCAGAUGGGAGGCUUCAACUUCGGUGCUGCUGACAAACCAGCUUUCGGAGCCUCAACCCCGGCGUUUGGGCACAACACUGCUGCUCCGAGUCCUUUUGGAACUCCAGGGACUCCGGUUCAAGGCUUCAGUCCUGCUCCCUUUGGUCAGGCAGGGACUCCUUCCUUCUCCAUUGGGACCGGCUCCAAACCCGCCGGCACGAGGCAGCGCCUGCAGGCGCGGCGGCAGCACAACAGGAAGAAGUAAUGCGCGGCGUUAAGACUCUCUGGAGCGCCUGUGGAUGGUGCCGUUUCGGCGCCCGAGCCAGACCUCCCCAGACCAGACCUCACCCCCCUGCCUCCGGUCGCGCUCGCCGAGUCACACUGACGACACCAGCGAAGGAAUGUAGCAGUCCGGCGACUGAAUCUUACCAAGACUGAUACUUGAAGAGAGAAGAAGAGACAAAUUCUGAUCCUGAACAAAAGCAUAUCCAAAGUCCUUUCUUUUUUCUUUACAGUUCACGGACACUCCCGUCGGUUGGUCGGUUGGUCUUAAGAAAAACGUUGAGAUGGAGCCUUCUGCUCCGACAUUUAUUUUUUUACGUGCGCUCACUGGUUUGUAUGUUCCGGCGUGUUUGAGGACGCUGCAUCUGACGUGCGAGCAGACUGAGGUACACAACUGUGCAGUGUAAAUGGAAGACGACUUAAAUUAUUUUUUUAAUUGGCUGCCUGACCGUGUAAAUAACUGCUGUGCGCGUCCGACUUUGUUAUCAUAGCUGAAGUUAGUGACUGUGUUUUUACUCUUCGUGAUUGUAAACAUUCCCAAAGCCCCGCCUUUUGUUGUUGUUUUCUUACAGCGUUGCCAACACUCGACACGACACGGUUGGUUCAAGGUUCAGGUUUUAAGUCUGAAAAAAUCCACACUUGUGAGAGCUUUUUUUCUUCUGAGUUGGUGUGUGCCAAAAUACCUCUGUUCUCCUGGGCACUGAACCCAUGUACACCCAUGUUUGAGUCCAAGUUCCUUUUAGAUUUUCAUCUACUGUUUAUAUAUCAGA